CUCUCAGCUAACCUCUGCUUGUCGUCCCCACCGCCUCUAACGCCGUCCCAACCCGCAGCAGCAGCACCAGCCUCCCCGGCUCCUCCAUCCUGUCCCCGGUCUCCAACUCUCAGCCUUGUUCUGCGGUCAUGGGGUGCGCUGUUUUCUUGUUGCCUGGGCAGCUCAGGGGCUUGUCCGUGCUGUGAGACGGAUACCAGGUGGAUUUAUGGUCGUCAAAGCCGCAAAUACCAGCUAAGGGAAAUUAGUGGAAGUUUGAGCUCCGGAAGGAUGCAGAUGACGUCUUGGUGCGCCGUGUUCCUCUUGACGCCUGCACUUUGCCUGAAAGAGCAGAGUCAGGGAGGAGAUGGAUCAGAGGCCAGCAGCAGGGACAAUGAUGUAGGGUCUUUACAGGUUACAAGGGUUUACGCUUCAAAGUCAGACAUUGUGAAGUCAGGAAGCCCAAAAUCCACAUUAAAGCACAUAUGGACAGAAAGCAGUAAGGAGAUGUCCAUCAGUAGGCUGCUGUCACAGACUCUACAUGGAAAAGAGAACAGCACAGCCUUGGACCUUCGUUAUGACACUCCAGAACCCUACUCAGAGCAGGACCUGUGGGAGUGGCUGAGAAAUUCCACAGACUUGCAGGACUCACGGCCGCGAGCUAAAAGACGGCCCAUGGUCAAGACAGGGAAGUUCAAGAAGAUGUUCGGUUGGGGGGACUUCCAUUCCAACAUCAAGACGGUCAAACUCAACCUGCUGAUCACUGGUAAGAUCGUGGAUCAUGGCAAUGGCACCUUCAGUGUAUACUUUCGUCACAACUCUACAGGGCAGGGCAACGUAUCUGUCAGCUUGGUCCCUCCAACCAAGAUAGUAGAGUUUGAUGUGGCAGCGCAGCAGUCUGUCAUUGAUGCCAAGGACUCAAAGUCCUUCAACUGUCGCAUAGAGUACGAGAAGGUGGAGAAAGGUGCCAAGAACACACUCUGCAACUUUGAUCCAUCCAAGACCUGCUACCAGGAGCAAACCCAGAGCCAUGUCUCCUGGCUGUGCUCCAAACCUUUCAAAGUCAUCUGCAUCUUCAUUUCCUUCUACAGCACUGACUACAAACUGGUGCAGAAAGUGUGCCCAGACUACAAUUACCACAGUGACACUCCCUACUUCCCCUCUGGCUGAUGUGCCCCUAGAACCUACUGACAGCAUAGUGGAUGAGUGGAGCACAGACUGGGUGUUCUACCCAUCCCUUGAGAAAUGUGUAUAUUAGCCGUACUGUUCUUUAACAUGUCCAUACCAGAGAAUUAGCCAUCCCAAAUGAUUUACCUAUUCAAUGUUCUAAGUUUUGCAGUGAGAGCAGAUACUUUUAACUGUUACAAAAUGUGGUCUAUAGAACUGUAAUAUGCUUCAAAAUACCUGAAAAUCUCUGUGAUUAUUAUGAUUAUUAUGAGAUAGAAUUUUGUCAUUAAAUUAUGUUCCCUAUUGAAUCGUGUUUAGAAAGAUGGGGCUUAUCAGUCCUUUGAGCUUGUACUUUUCACUAUUAAAACCUUCUUUGUUUACUUUAAAUUUACUUUACACUCCUAGUCCAACUAGAUGGUAAUAACUUUCUUUUAGAAUGUAUUUCAUAUACAAUUUAUUAACUUCCUGGACAACAACAUAUGGACCGUUCGCCCCUACUGUGCUAUUUACGCUCUCUAGUUCAUCUUGCAUAACUGGAAAACUAAAUGAUGUCCUCAUUCAAAAAGAAAAACAAAGUUUUUACAGAACCUGCAAUGCAGCUGAAGAAGAUGGUGAAGAUAAAAUUUGAGUUUGAUGCUUUUAGAAAUGUGGGGUGGUCUUCCUGACUUAGGGAUGAACUGGGAUGGAGUAGGCUUCUCAAUAAGGUGAGAAAAUGUGUUAACCUGCUCAGAUACAGUAACACUGGCAGUCCUCAGCUGUCAUCAGUGUUCUUUUUCAUGCAGCCAGAUGCUGAGUCAGCUGAGUGAACAUCAUUCUGAGCUCACUGAAUUUUGGAUUUCCUGACUGAUUGAUCAGUGGGUCGUUUGUGGGGGAUGGGGCUUGCUCAUUGUCACUUAAUAUAAGAAAUGUAAUGUAUUGAAUUCUAUAUCUUAGAGCUUAAUUUGUAUGAAUGGUUUGUAUCGUACAUAGUUUAUCCCAAUUACACUGCUUCUGUACCUGCCGUCCCCCCCCCAAAUUAGCUGUGUCUUUACCCACCCUUCUGCUAAGUCUUGUUCACUCCAUUUAUGCUCGUUCUUGGUUCCUCUAACAAAGAAAAUGAUGUUGCUGCCCUAGAUGUGAAUUUAAUGAAAAUAGCAAUCCUGUACAGAAGCUGUAAAACUGACUAAAUAUAUUAAAAGUAUUAAUGGAAGUUUUCUUUAUGGGCUUGGGGGGUGGAUGGAAGGGUACGAAUUAAAAAAAAUCAGAAAAUUUUAUCAAUUGAA